GAAGAGACGCAGGCUGAAAACCAGAUGAUCACAUUCACCUUCCAAACCAAACUGAACCAAACCAGACCAAACGUCCUGAGUGAGUCCAGCUACAGGAGAGAAGAGUCAAACUACAACCUGCCGACGCUCCACACACUGACCCUUCACCUGGAGACUCAAUGGCUUCCAGAUCAGAAGAGGAUCUCUGCUGUCCCGUCUGCCAUGAUGUCUUCAGAGAUCCUGUUCUUCUGUCAUGUAGCCACAGCUUCUGUAAAGACUGUGUGAAGAGCUGGUGGAAAGACAAAGAAGUAAAAGAGUGUCCACUUUGUAAGAGGAGAUCUUCAAAGUUGCAUCCACCUUGUAACCUGGUGUUGAAGAACCUGUGUGAGGCCUUCAUACUGGAGAGAGAUCAGAGCUCUUCACCUGCUCUCUGCAGUCUGCACUCAGAGAAACUCAGACUCUUCUGUCUGGACCAUCAGCAGCCAGUGUGUCUCGUCUGCAGAGAUUCAGAAAAACACACCAACCACAGAUUCAGACCCAUCGAUGAAGCUGCACAACAACACAAGAAAUGGCUUCAGGGAACUCUGGAGCCCUUGAAGGAGAAGUUACAGAGUUUUGAACGUGUUAAAGUAAAGUUUGAACAAACAGCAGAACACAUUAAGGUCCAGGCCGGACUCACAGAGACGCAGAUCAAGGAGCAGUUUAAAAAGCUUCAUUGGUUUCUUGAGGAGGAAGAGGAGGUCAGGAUGGCUGCACUGAGGGAGGAAGAGGAGCAGAAGAGUCUGAUGAUGAAGGAGAAGAUUGAGGCUCUCAGCAGAGACAUAACGGCUCUUUCAGACACAAUCAGAACCACAGAGGACGAGCUGAGAGCUGAAGACGUCUCGUUCCUGCUCAACGACAAGGCUGCAGUGGAACGAGUCCAGCAGCGCCCCCUGCUGGAUGAUCCACAGCUGGCCUCAGGAGCUCUGAUAGACGAGGCCAAACAUCUGGGCAACCUGAGCUUCAACAUCUGGAACAAGAUGAAGGACAUCAUUUCCUACAGUCCUGUGGUUCUGGACCCAAACUCUGCUCAUCCAUUACUCGUCCUGUCUGAAGAUCUGAUCAGUUUGAGACGAGGAAAGAAACAGAAGCUUCCUGACAAUUCAGAGAGGUUUGAUGAAUACAUCUCAGUCCUGGGAUCUGAGGGUUUUAACUCAGGGACUCACAGCUGGGACGUCCUGGUUGGAGACAGUACUUUCUGGGCACUGGGUGUGUCAGCAGAGUCUGAACAGAGGAACAGAUCCGAACUGUCUGGAACAUGGGGAAUAGGUUUACAUGAAGGUAAAUGCACAGCAGAGUCACCAUCAGCAUCAUCUGUUCUCUCUGUGCAGAAGAUCCAGAGGAUCAGAGUGAAACUGGACUGGAACAGAGGAGAACUAUCGUUCUCUGAUCCUGAUACUAACAAACACAUUCACACCUUCACACACACUUUCACUCAGAAGAUGUUUCCAUUCUUUAACAUUAGAGAUCCCUUGAAGCUGUUACCUGUCAAUUUCUCUGUGACGCUGGAUCAGAGCCGUUAGAGAUAAUGAUUUUAUUCAUCAUGUUUAUUUCUUCAUAAGAAAUCAGCUGAAUUCAUCAUUUUUAUUUCUCCUGUCGACUUUUCCACGUGUGUAAAAACAUUUGAUUAUUAUCUGAUCUUUAUCUUUGGUUUGUUUUUUACUUUAAUGGAAAAUGUUUUCUAUCAUUUAGAUUUUGUGUGGAUCCAUGAAGUCGAGCAAACUGAUGAAGAUCCACAUAAAAACACAUUUAUCAAUAACAGCUGAACAUUGUUCACAUUCAACAAACUUUAUUAAAACUCACAAAUGAGACAGGAUUCAUGUUUAAUCACAUUAAGUCUGUUCACAUAUGAAAUAAUCCAACAUAUAUGAACAUU